GGCUGGAGUGCCCUUGUCGACCUGUCCAAUAAAGGUCGGCACCAAGACACGGACCAAAUAGAAAAUGACUGUUAGCCCGACGGUCUCCCUUCGCUGAAAAGUACAGGGGAUUGAUCCUUGAGACAUUCGUGCAGCACAUGAAUCAGGUGAGGCGAUCAUGAUUGGAUCAGCUUGCACACGCGUGUCUCAUCCAUGUGUGUGUAUUGCUCACGAGGCACAGAAAACAAAAACGGAAAAACCACGCAAUAAAAACCCAUACACACACGAACGCAAAGAGAGAGAGACCGCGCAACAACAAUAGGGUCAGGGCACAGCCAAUUUUCAGCUUUCCCCUGUAGUACCGGGCCAGCCAGCUCCUCUCCCACACCGCUAGCUCCCUCUGGGCCCGCUCCAUCGAACGAACGGUCUCCUCCAACUCCCGCACUCUCUUUCGGAGCGACUCGACUGUUUCUGGCUCGUCCUUGCGCUCCUCUGCUGAUGAAGCACGCAAAACGUACGCACACACACAAAAGACACGAAUGUUCGCGUGCCGUUGCCCAGCUGCCAGCCGGUUCGUGUGCGCACCGUGAGGGAGGCCGUGCUCUCGGACCUUCUGCAGCCAUUCCUCGUCUGAUGGCGAAAAGGUCAACCAGAAAUCAAUGAAACGCUGCGUUAAUCCCGCUGUGCCCAGCCAGCCUUGGUCGAGUUCGGGAUCACUUACGUUUGGCAAUCAGCCUCUCCCGCUCCUUCUGGCGCCUUGCGACCUCCUUCUCUAAGUAAGGCCGUAACUCAGUGAGGACGAACUUGGACGGGUUCGGAAAGUCGAUGUGGAGCGUGUCCAGUUCGUUUUGAAACCACUUCAGAUUUUUGUCACUGACAGCUAAGUCCUCGUCGAGCUCUUUCUUGCGAGCGGCGAUAACCGUCUCCUGCACUCACUCACAGACAGAGCCCAGGUGACCAGCAGUCCCCUCCUGGUGCCAGAGUGUUUCUGUGUACCAGCUGUUGAUCUUCCUCUGACUUGCCGCCUGCUGACCACUGACGAACACACCGGACACAGACACACAAAGAGAGAGGUGCACAUCACUUGUGCCAGAUGGCUGCAUCUUCCCAUCAGCCCACCAGGCGUGUCGGCUGUCGGUGCACCGCCGAAGAAGUCGCCCUGCUUUGUCCCACGAGGUUUCUGCCAACAGGCCAAGGCGACGCGAACCCGGCAAGUCGUUGCACUUGGACAGCUGACAACGCACACAACAGACAAACGACCGACGCAGCCGCUCCGGGGAACAUCUACAGGGAGUCGGAAUUGGCAUUCACGGAAGAAAGAUCUGGAGUCGGAAUCGUCAACGAGGCGGGGAAGCGGAAGCAGCACUUCAUUACAAAAACCAC